CUCCCACAUCACGUAAAUCCACGACACACGCGAGACACGCACCUUGCAUGGCAACGUUAGCGUCCUGGGAGAUGUGUAUUCCCCCAAAAUGACAGAAAUGAACGGCGAGACUGAGCCUUACACUGAAAUGGAAGUUAUGAUCGAACCCGACAAUAACAUCUUAGAAAUAGUACAAAAAAAUACGGGAUUUACAGCUAUCGUAGACGAAGGAGAAACAAACGACAGAAACCAGGUGAACGUGAAAGAACACUUGCACGUGCAAGGCAAAUACGUGACUUUAGACUUGUCAUGUAAGGGAAUCCCGAAAGUGCCGUUGGAAACAUUUGAAUAUGAAAAUCUCACAACGCUCUAUUUGCAAGACAAUAAUCUAUGUGGAAUUCCUGACGACUUGAUUUCAUUGAAGAAUUUAGAAACCCUCGUUCUUGCUAAAAAUAAAAUCAAAGUUCUAAGCAGAACUGUGUAUUUACUUGAUAGACUUAUACAACUGGAUAUAUCUGAUAAUGACAUUGAAGAAAUUCUACCAGAUGUGUCUGGCCUUGAGAGUUUACGGGAGUUCAGGGUCAAUGGAAAUCGACUGGAGGAAAUUCCUUCACAGAUUGGUUACUUACGAAAGUUGCGAAUUCUUACACUAAACGACAAUAGGCUAAAAGAUUUGCCAAAGUCCAUCUCAAACUUGGAAAAUUUGAAGAUUUUGUCAUUGGAUGGAAACAGCCUUGAAUUUUUGAGCCCUGAGAUAUGCAGAAUUGACGGAUUAAAACAACUGACUGUCUCAGGUAACCAAAUUACAAACUUGCCACGUGACACGGAAAAUUUUCUAGCUUUAGAAAAACUUAUCCUUGACGACAACGAUUUUGAAUUUAUCCCUAUUCAAGUUUUAUGGUUGGAAAAUCUUGCUGAGCUGGCACUCUCUGGAAAUCGUCUUAAAGAAAUUCAACCAGAAAUAGGUCAAUUAAAAAAUCUAACUAUUUUAGGUUUGAAUAGCAAUGACCUUGAAGAAAUACCAGAGGAAUUAUUUCAAUUGCAACGGCUAGAGGUCAUUGGGCUAGAAAACAACAAAAUCACUGUUAUUCCUGACACAAUUGCAAAACUCUAUGACCUACGAGAGCUCUAUUUAGGAGACAAUUGCAUCAAAGAAGUUCCAGAAAACCUAUGCUGGUGUUCACAGCUGGAAGUUUUGAGCUUGCUGAAAAACGAUCUAUCAUCAUUCCCCAUUGAAAUCGAGAAUCUUCGAAAACUGCAUACCCUUGUGCUUUCAAAUAAUCAUUUCAAGACAUUACCGGACGCCAUUGGUUCUCUGGUUCAUCUUGAAAUCUUAUCAGCAGACGGCAAUGAGCUCGAAACUCUAGCAGACGACUUCAAAGGCCUUAUUCGACUCCGUCAGUUGAACUUGAACAAUAACAAGUUUUCAAUAUUUCCCAAGGUCGUCUGCGAGCUCAAGCUUCUGGAGGUAUUAGAUAUAAGCAAUAAUUCGAUUGAAUUUCUCCCACCCGUCAUUUCUCAACUUGAUAGACUUGUUGUUUUGAAAAUAAACCAAAACAACAUCAAAUCAUUUGAUACCGAUCUCUGUGCAUUGAAAGAAUUACAGGUUUUAGACAUGUCAACGAAUCGUCUGCAGGAAGUCCCAGAAACAGUGGCUGAAAUGGAGAAUCUCAACGACCUUGACCUUUCAAAUAACCAGUUUUUAGAAUUUCCAAAAACUGUUUUCUCCAUACCAAAUCUAGAAAGGUUAAAAUUUGACCAAGAAAACGGAAAUCAGCUUCCACUUAUUCCAGACGAGAUAGAGUUUUCAAGUAUCUCUUAUCUGAUUCUUUCAAAGAACUCGCUAAGAACUCUUCCAAAUACCAUAAGUGGCAUGCGCAACAUCAAAUCGAUUAUCGCCGACAACAAUGACAUUCACACAUUGCCAAAAAGCAUCUGCGAUAUUCCACAGUUACAAGUUUUGCAUUUAAACGACAACUGUUUGACAUCCCUCCCAGAAAACUUUGACAAUUUAUCAAAGCUGAAGGACCUUCGUAUCCAUAACAACCCAUUGAAAACUCCACCAAUGGACGUCUGUGUUAGUGGUGUAAUGCAGCCGAUUGGUCGUUUCAUCAGAAGGGCACUAGAACGAGAAGAACUGCUUUUAAUGAAGAUGAUCAAUGUUAUCAAGACUAAUUUGAACAAGAACGAGUUACGGUACCUGAUGAAGAAGUUCCGGUUCCCAGAAGAAAAAAUGGCGGAACUUGAGCAGACGUAUUAUGGGAAGGACAAAUUGCAAGAUAGGGUGUACCAUGCCAUGCUAUUCUGGAAAGAAUUUAAAGGACCUCUAGCGAAUAUUGAAGAACUAAUUCGAGUUUUUCAUGUCAUAGGUUACGACGACCUUUGUCUAAAAUUACGUGCAAUGAAGAUAUAUGCACAGAGGUUGAGACUUUAAUAAA